UUUGGCCCAAAGAUAUAUAUAGUAUGAAAUAUCGUAAACAUAUCAGGCCUCGCGUGGUUGUUCUAUAGAUACGGGUAGUCAGUAUUGAUCAUUUUCAAUUUGUUUUCAAUGUCGUUUGUGUAGAGAUGGAAAAAUGAUCAUUUUAUAGAUAAAAGUACCGGAUUAUAAAGCAAAAUGGCCCAGAAGAAGCGAAUGUCGGACCAAGAUAGGUUGAGGGAAAUGAAAGAAUUGUUUCAUUUUUUCGACAAGAAUAAUAAUGGUGUAGUUUCAACAUAUGAGCUUGAAAAGGGACUUCAGUGGGAUGGGAACAAUCCUACAGCAAAGGAGAUAGACAAUCUUUUAAAAGAAAUGAAUGUAAAACGAGGCCAAGAUAUUGAUUUCGAAAAGUUUAAAAAGUGUGUUGAAAAAUAUUAUGAGAAUGAACUCGACCAGGACUCGGAAGAAAAAAGACUAAGCAACGCUUUCAAAAUAUUUGAUAAAAAUGGAAAUGGAACAGUGGAAAAGGGGGAAUUGAAAAAGGUGCUCACAAGCAUUGGUGACAAAUUAACAGACGCUGAGGUUGAUCAAAUGUUCCGUGAAGCAGACAUAAAUAAAGAUGGGUUAAUUCAAUAUAAAGAAUUCACUAAAAUGUUCCUGAAAGGUAUGAAGUGACGAUACUUGAGAUCAUGGUACACUAUAUCUGGAAUCAUAGAAGCAGUAACUAUAGCAAUACUACACUCUGUAUGACGUUUAGUGAUGUUUUAGUGUUUUAUGAUCUAGAAAAAAAUCGAUCAUUUCAAAAUGAAUAAUUAAUCAUGUUUAUCGGAGGAACCGUCACUGUAUCAACAUCAAAGAUCACAACAGAAAAAACAAUUUAUGUGUGUACCUUUGUGAUGAAGAAAUUAUUCGUUUCUCUUUUCUGAAAGCAGUCUUCACGUAUCGCUUUAGUCUUCUUUGCCCGGAGAAGGAUAUUCUUUGAGUAUCCUAGCUGUUAAUGUUACACAUUUAGAAAUUAUUCACCGUUCUCUUGAAUAUCGUUAAAAACAGGAGUUACCUACGUUGGUUGUCCGAGAGUACUACAAUCCACUAAUCGUUAAUGUUUGUUUUGUACAUCAUAUGUACAAUGUAUAUUUCUGAUUCCUCAAAUGGCCUCUUUGUUCAUAUUAAGAAAUACUUUGAGCAAAUAAGUAUAUUAUAGCACACAUUUGUGUGAGAUAGAUAACACAAACUCUGUACACUAUUUGGGCUGGAUUUUGGCCCUUUUUAAACUUUAAAAUUGGUACAAUUUUCAUACAAGUCAGCGUUUUGUCAAAACUAUUUGACAUGUGGCUUUGAAACUUGGAACACUUUUUUAUCAUCAAGAUUUCCAUCAGUAUGCAAGAGUACAUAACUCUGUCAACUAUUUUGGCUGAAUUAUGACCCUUUUUGGACUUGGAAAUUGGUUCAGUUUACGUACAUGUCAGUGUUUUGUCAAAACUAUUUGCAUGUGGCUUUGAAACUGUGAACACUUGUUUAUCAUUAUGGUUUCCAUCUGUAGGCACGAGUACAUAACUCUGUCAACUAUUUUGGCUGAAUUAUGGCCCGUUUUGGACUUGGAAAUCAGUUAGAAUUUUCAUACCAGUCCAUAUGUUGCCUAACCUAUUCGUUAUAUGGCUUUGAAACUUUGACCACUUGUUUACCAUCAUAGUCUACGUAAGUAGGCAAGACUACAUAACUAGGACAAAGACUUAGCUCAGUUAAGGCCCUUUUUUGACAUAGAAAUUAGUUAAGCUUUCCAUACCUUUUCAUAUUUUGAUUAAACUAUUUGAUAUAUGGCUUUGAAACUUUGAACACUUACCAUCAUGGUCACACAUUGCCAUAUGGCGCAAAACUUAUCCAAAUCCACAAAUACAGGUACAUUGUUCGUCUUAUCUGUUAAUUUCCUUUUGUCUGAAAAUCUCUGGUAAUAUUUUUGACCCCAUACUUCCAUCAAUGCUUCGAAUAGUCGAGCGCGCCCAACAGAGAGCUCUUGCUAUUACAUGAACGAAAACCAGCUUGGUUUACAGACGUGACGAAUUCAAAGAACUCUUACAGUUUGGCAAAUGUGUAGUAUAAAACUUUAUGCUAACCAUGUAUUGAUAUACAAAUCAAACAGACUAGAUUCUAUGUCUACAGCAAAGUUUACAUAAAUUCUUAUAAAUACACGCUCUGUUCCUUUCACCAGCAAAGUUCAAAUUCACCGGCUGUACAUUCCAAACCAAGUUGCUUAGAUUUAUUAUAAUAUAGUGUCUGACUGCAGUGUACCGUUCCAUAAACAGAUAUAGUAGAUUUUUUUUAUUUUUCUUUGGAUUUAGAUGGAUUUGUUUCCUUUUUCUGUUUUUAUGCACUUAAUAUAUGCAUAAGAACCAGAAAAAAACAAAUACCAUCCCAAUAUUAUAUUGAUAUUACAUGUAUAUUAUCUAUACUAAGUUACUGAAACCGUCAGGUUGCCCAGUAUUAGAGUAGAUUUUCUAAUAUGUGCAAUUUACUACUGAGACAUAUAUUUUAUGAGAUAUGUUUUUCUAUACUACACAUACACGUAAUUUAAUAAACUGUGUUAGAAA